AGAGAAUUGCGUAUGCAUAAUGUGACAUAUGAGUUUUGAUGGUUUGCUAGCGAUUAGAAUCAGUUACAACAUCUAGACAUUUAGAAAAGUGUCAGACAUUACGAACUUUACAGAAUAAAAACAAACAACUUUUUUAAUUUUAUCGAGAAUUGUGUUCAGUGCUGUUGUCAAACAUGGCUUAUGUGACUGGCGACGGUGAUUUGGUGCAGUCUGCUCCAUGGGGAUUGAAAAGAAUUUUUGGAUUCUUUACAGGAGUGUUAUACAUGAUUAUUAUGUUCUUUCAAACGUUGAUUAGUCCCGACAUGAACAGAGCAGGAAGUGGAAGUGGAUAUACAAGAGAUUAUCGACCGGGAUCUGGGCCUCCACGUCCUCCACGUAGACUUGGUAGACCAAAUACAGGGAACAAUGUUAACGUACCAUUUUUUGGUUGCAGAAGCUGUCAAGGAUAAAAAAUUCAAAAACUUAUUUAUGAUAAUAAUUAUUAGUAUAAACAAAAUGUUAAAUAAGCAAUAAUUUGGGUUAAAACAAGUUUAUUUUUCUCAAGUUUACUUUGUUAAAAGCAUUUUGCUCUUUUGUAAAUUUUAUAAAAGCAUUUUUAUACAAGUUUUCUAACUCAUGCAGAAAAGAGAUGUAUAUGUUUGUAAAAACUUUCGUUUUAAUGCUACUCUAAAUGCUUGUCUUAAAAAAAAAUCUUUGGAUUAUCAACAUUUAAAUGAUACAAAAAAAUCAAGAAUUAAUAUA